GGGUUCUUAAGCUAAGUGCAAAACUUUCUUACAAAUCAAUCUGCUUUCAAAGGUUUGAAUUUUUCUUUGAAGGAUCCAUUCUGUCUCUUGGCGCAUGGAUAUAUCUUGAGGUCGUUAUCUCGACUUCCAUCGAUACAAACUCAACAUCAUACAAAUAACCCAUCGGAACACGCACCCUUUUUAGUACACAAAGAGGAACACCUCGCAGAAAAUUGUCAAGAUGGCAACCCCGAAAACAGACUUCCCCCCAGUACGAGCCUGCCUCUUCGACAUGGACGGCCUCCUCAUAAAUACCGAAGAUAUUUACACACUCUGCCAUAACAUCCUCCUCGCAACCUACUCCGCCGGUCCCAUGACCUGGUCCAUAAAAUCCAAACUGCAAGGGCGGCCCGCCCACGAAGCCAUCUCGCUCCUCCUAAACUGGGCGAACAUCCCAAACAUCUCGCCGGCAGAAUACACACAAAAACUGCACAUCAUCCAAGCCGAGCAAUUCCCCAACGCCGCGCCGCUACCAGGGGUAGAAAAGCUAUUGAGGGAUUUAAAAGCUACGCAGAAGGGCGACAGGAAGAUAUAUCUUGCGCUGGCGACGAGUAGUCAUGAGGGCCAUUUUAAGAUCAAGACGCAGCAUUUGGUGGAGAUGUUUGAGGUUUUCGAGCAGGAUCGACGGGUGCUGGGUGACGAUCCUAGGAUUCCCAAGGGCAGGGGGAAGCCGAGUCCGGAUAUUUAUUUGGUGGCGCUGCAGGCUAUCAAUCAAGGACUACCAGAAGGGGAGGAGAAGAUUAGGCCAGAGGAGUGUUUGGUGUUCGAGGAUGGUAUUCCAGGUGUCAUUGCUGGGAGGAGAGCAGGGAUGAGAGUUGUCUGGGUCCCGCAUCCGGGGUUGGCGCAGGAGUAUUUGGGGAAGGAGGCAAAGAUUUUGGCGGGGUUGGGAGAGGAUGAGAGUGCAGACCUGGAACAGAUCGGGACCGUGGGUGAUGGGUGGGCGGAGCAGUUGGAGAGCUUGGAGGAGUUUCCAUAUGAGAAGUAUGGAAUUGUUACGUUUUAAGAGAUUGGAGAAUACCAAGAGAUGAAACAACUUGCGCUGCCAGUUCGGAGGAAGUGAUUGUCGGACGUCUUAAAUGUUCAGGCAGAGAGGUUCUUUUUAUUGAUUGAGCUACCUCUUCUAUGAGGGCAGCAACACCCAUUCUUCA